UCCGCUCGUGCUCAUCUCACGCGAGCCAGCCUCGUCAGCUCAGGGGCGCGUGCCACAUCCGAAGCGGAGAGGGACAGCUCCCAGGUGCUGAAGCUGCUCGGCGCUCCAGAGAGAGAAAAACGAGACACAGAGAGGGGGGAAGGAAACACCACCGCCUGCAUUAGACACUAAUAUUAUAAAACCCGUAUUCUGCAAUAACAGGGGCAGACACAGAUAGAGACCGAGGCCUUCAAAACAGAUGGCUGCCACUCAGGAUGUGAAAGGGAAGGGGGAGGGAGGGGACCAAAACUUCGACUACAUGUUCAAGCUGCUGAUCAUCGGCAACAGCAGCGUGGGCAAAACGUCCUUCCUGUUCCGCUACGCCGACGACGCCUUCACCUCGGCCUUCGUCAGCACAGUGGGCAUCGACUUCAAAGUAAAGACGGUGUACAAGAACGACAAGAGGAUCAAGCUGCAGAUCUGGGACACAGCAGGCCAGGAGCGCUACAGGACCAUCACCACUGCCUACUACCGCGGGGCCAUGGGCUUCAUCCUAAUGUAUGACAUCACCAACGAGGAGUCCUUCGGUGCUGUGCAGGACUGGUCAACCCAAAUUAAAACCUACUCAUGGGAUAAUGCACAGGUGGUGCUGGCUGGCAAUAAGUGUGAUAUGGAAGAGGAGAGAGUGGUCUCAGUGGACAGUGGCAGACUGCUGGCAGAACAGUUGGGUUUAGAAUUCUUUGAGACCAGCGCCAAGGAUAACAUCAACGUGAAGCAGACCUUUGAACGUCUCGUCGACCUAAUUUGCGACAAGAUGUCCGAGAGCUUGGACACAGAUCCGGCCAUCACCACAGGAGCCCCCACUGCCAAACUCACGGACAGCGCUCCGCCCCUCCAGCAGCCUGGAUGCAACUGUUAGUGACUGAUGUCAGGAAGCAAAGGGAGGGCGGCGCAGGUCCCGUAAGGUGGUAGAGUGUGCAGAGUUUUGUUCUCCCUUAUCACUCCUGCUAGUGCUGCUUCCUCUGGACUACAGUUCAAACCCUGUUUAGUAGUAGAAUUACAAAAUGCCGUCGUAUUAUCUCUCAACUUUAUCACCUUAUAUCAAGAGCAAAUAACCAGACAAGCAGACAUGGCUAUUGUACGAUGUGUAACACUACAGGAUAUCUAGAAUAUAGAGACACCAUAUUCUCAUGUUUCAGCUAGUUAGUAUGGUCAUAAACCAAGAUAAGGCUGGAAAUAGUCCAUAGUCAUGAUGUACAGUUAACCCUUAAGACCUUUAAAAAUCUUUAAGACCUAGAAUAAUUAUAAAAUGAGGGAUAGAGUCAGUGAGUGCUUUAUUUUUUAUUUUUUGUACAGUAUGUAUUUUCCUUUUAUAGGAUUAUUUGGUCUCCUAAAGCUGCCAAAUCUAUGAUUUAGUGCACUAUAGGAUGUAGCGGCUUUUCUUUUUUUUUUGUUGUAAUGAGUGUGUGGCUGUUGUGUGACUGUACAGUAAGUGCGAGUGGGGUUGCAUGAGUGUGAGAUACAGAUGAGUGCAACUUUGUCAUCUAAAAAAAAAAUAAUCUACCUUGGAUAAAAAGUGGCCUUUUAGCAUCUCCAACACGGCCUCUGUAAGUUCCUCUGUCAUGCUUACUUUUGGAAUGAAUCCAGUAUGUAUAAUGUUGAUGUGAUUCCACGUUUUUGGUGUCUGUAGAUGUGCGAUUUCUCUGAUAAGUAUAUCUGUAAAUCUUAAAGCAACUACUUCUCUGUGCUUAGCCUCUAAGAUGACCCUUUAUAGUUUGAUGCGAUGAGCAUGCUGCCAAAAAGAGUCAAUCAUAUGUGCUUUUUUUAAUCUAAAGAUAGAUCCUAAACGUCCUUAACUCCAUAUGAUAGCAAUGAUCCAGCAUUUCAUUAACUGAACAUCAAACACUGACAAGGCACAGUACAGUGUAUGAUACACAAUCUGAUCAGCUCUGGCAUGGAAUAAACAGCCAUAUAUAUAAAAAAUAUUGUUUAAUUCAGCAUGUGAAAAUUUCAUGUUUGUGCGAUUAAAUUAAGUCCAUAUUGAAAGAAAAAUCUUAGUAAGCUGCUUAGAAGACAUUAUAGACAUACAGUAGUUUAAAAUGGGAAUGCAGAUAUGGAAGCAAAUAAAAGACAUACGUAUUUGAGUCACUGAAAACUUGAAAACGUGAAUUGAUAGCAUUGAAAUAUCUUUGCUUUGAAAAACAUGUAUCUGAAUUUAUUUGUCCCUUAAUUCCACUUUUUGGGAUUAAAAUGUAAAAAAGUCUUGAUUUGUGAUUUUGAAAACCAAAUUUGGUUUAUUUUUCAAUGUUCACUAAUUCAGACUCAAAAAUUCAAGUUUCAGAAUUUCAGAUUUCAGAAUUUGGUCAAAUUCAGACUCAAAAAUUCAAGUUUCAGAAUUUCAGAAUUUGUCUGGUCAAAUUCAAGUUUCAGAAUUUCAAAUUUCAGAAUUUGACUGGUCAAAUUCAGAUCCAAAAAACUGAAGUUUCAGAUUUGCAGAUUUCCGAAUUUGACUGGUUAAAUUCAGAUCUAAAAAUUCAAGUUUCAGAAUUUCAAAUUUCAGAAUUUGACUGGUCAAAUUCAGACUCAAAAAUUCAAGUUUCAGAAUUUCAUUUCAGAAUUUGACUGAGCAAAUUCAGAUCCAAAAAUUCAAGUUGAAAAAUUUCCAUAGCAAAUUUGGGGUACCUUGGUCAGGAGGUAUUUGGUCAGCCUUCAAACCAAUGAAAAUUCAGCUUUUGAAAUUUUAAAUCAGUUAAUUUUAUAUUUCAGUUUUAAACAGAUUAAUUACAUGGUUUUUAAAGUAAAGAAUUUAAAUGCUAUAAAUUUAUGUUUUUUUUAAUUUCAAAAUUAAGUAUUUACUUGCUGUUAAAAUUCAGAUACUUAUGUCUCUUAUUUGUUUCUGUAUGCAAACAUUAACAGUGCUGUAGUGGUCUUAAUGAUAACUUAAGUCCAUGUAGUAUAAAAGUUGUAGCUUAUUUUCAAAAUAAAAUCCAGAAAGCCUUUCAGUUCUGCAACCCAUAGAGAAAAAGUGUGCCAAAACAUUACAGUUCCUUUAGCAUCGUCAGUUGUUUGUUGCAUAGUUGAAUAAAAACCUCCAGAAAAUUGCAUGAAGCCAGUCCUGACUUAUCUAUGUAGAUUUAUAUAAUAAGAUAGUGUAUAUAUAGCACUCUGUGUUACAGAUUUAGAAGCAUUGUCAUAGCACUCGCUGUGAGAUGCAAUGGGCCAAUAAGUGCAAUAUUUUAUGAAUGAAACCCUGUACAUAGUUUCUCCUGUCCUCGAGUACUACGACUCUAUCUGCAGUAUGUGAGUGAAUGUUUGGCUCUGAAACUGAUGUACAAUCUCCAACAACAAAAAAGAAAGAAAAGAAAAGUGAGAGCGUGCUUCAUUCGGUAACUGCAGCCACUGAAUGUGUGACUCGGUGUGUGUGAAUGUGUGUGUACCUGCCAUACUGAACAGACAAAUAAUAUAGUGUAUUGUUUGUGUAUACCUUUUGUACAAAUGUAUUCACGUACUCUAUGCUGUUCCUGCUAACUGUGUUGGGUGUUGAUUGAUCGUGUAUUAUCAUGUCAAAAUGCAGUGUUAUUGUGAAAGAUAGUCAGGGAGGUAACUUAGUCCAUGCCAUAAUAUGCCAUACUGUUGUAAUUCCAAGAAGAAGGGAUACACAUUAACUAGUUCAGAGACCCUGCGCAUAUGUGUGUACACGUGCUUUGUGCGUGUGCAUCUGUGUACGUGUGUGUGAUAUUAUAAUUUUAUGCUAAUAGCCAUGAAAUAAAUUAUUGUACUGAUCUCCAGUCAAGAUUCAUUUAAUAGAAGAAUAGUUAUGUGGCGAUGCCCAAACACUGACACUCUGGUUGAAUCUCAUUUUAGAACACUUUACAUAUAAAACUGAAUAUAUUUGUUUCUCAGAGUGCAAGCAAAAUUAAGAAGUAUGUUUUUGAGAUUAUAGGAAAUAAAUCAAAUUCUAUCAGUG